AUGUCCUCGGAGAAUCCAUCCUUCACCAAUUUCAAUUUACAGCAGCAGGAGCAGAAGUGGGAGGACACCUCCAUUUUAGAUUUUGGUAUUAGGAUUGAGCCACCUUUCCAAGAAUUCAACCAAGCAUCUGAAUCCGAAUAUUUGCUUCCUUCCAACCGCAACAACCAAACCAAAGUCCUGGAUCAAGAAGAUGGACAAAAUAACGAGACACUUCAAACAGGCAAAAUCCAAGACUGGGAUCCAAGUGCCAUGCUCAAUAAUCUCUCUUUUCUAGAGCGAAAGAUUCAUCAUCUCCAAGAUUUGGUGCAUUUAAUUGUUGGCCGCAAAGGCCAGGCUCUGGGGGGACAGGAUCAACUUGUAACUCAGCAACAACAGCUCAUAACUGCUGAUCUCACUUCGAUAAUUGUUCAGCUGAUCUCUACUGCAGGUAGUCUUCUCCCGUCUGUGAAACAUACACUUUCUACAGGCAAUCCUAAUGGACAGUUUGGACAGCUUGGAGGACUUCUUUUUCCUCCUGUGGCUGGCAUGAAUUGUAGUCCACAGCCACAACAUGGUAGUGAAAGUAAAGUGGUACCAUCUCAACAUCCCACUGGAAAUAAAGUUUCUGAUCAGUCCCACCAGAUGGAUGUUAUGGGUAAUUGUGGGACUGAACAGAACCACUCCAUCGAAGAACAUGAAAUGAAAGAGGAAGAAGAUGCUGAUGAAGGAGAGAACCUUCCACCUGGUUCCUACGAUAUAUUACAACUCGAAAAAGAAGAAAUACUUGCGCCGCACACCCACUUCUGCACAAUAUGUGGGAAGGGGUUCAAGCGGGAUGCAAAUUUGAGGAUGCAUAUGAGAGGCCAUGGUGACGAGUACAAGACCGCUGCUGCACUUGCAAAACCCAACAAGGAAUCCAGCUCAGAACCAGUGAUUAUUAAGAGGUAUUCCUGCCCUUUUACUGGUUGCAAGCGAAACAAGGAUCACAAGAAGUUUCAGCCUUUGAAGACUAUUUUAUGCGUCAAAAACCAUUACAAGAGAACCCAUUGUGACAAAAGCUACAUUUGCAGCAGAUGCAACACCAAGAAGUUCUCAGUUAUAGCAGAUCUCAAAACUCAUGAGAAGCAUUGUGGCAAGGAUAAAUGGCUUUGUUCCUGUGGCACAACAUUCUCAAGGAAAGACAAGCUUUUUGGACACAUAGCUCUGUUCCAAGGCCAUACUCCUGCUAUUCCUCUUGAGGAAAGUAAAGGACCAGCUGUGUCAUCUGAUAAAGUGGAUGGGAACGAAGCAGCAAAUAAAGUCAGAAACAUAAAUUUCAGCCUUGGCUCCAGUGCUUCUACCGGAAGUGUGGCUCAAAAUGCUAUGGAAGUGAAGGAGGAUGCUGAUGAUCCUGCUAGUUUUUUCUCACCAUUGAGCUUUGAUACCUGUAAUUUUGGUGGAUUCCAUGAGUUCCCUCGACCCCCAUUUGAUGAUUCAGAAUCUUCAUUCUCAUUUCUUCUUUCUGAAUCCUGUAAUUAUGGUCAGAAAACCGGAGGGGAGUCUACUUCUACUGAUCUCCAAUAA